AUGCUGUGCAUGUACAUCGGCUUACCCGAGACAUCUCGCGGACUCAAGCUUCUCAACAUUGACACACGACUCGGACAUAUGCAAUUGAAGAUCGGCAUCUUUCUGUGUGCGUUAAGCUACGUUGAGCGCACUAUUAUCCGAGACAUCCGGUAUAACCUCAAUGCUGUGUCCGACGCCAACGCACUGCUCGACUUCCGCUUCGACGUCAUGGGAGUCAAGAGGUUAGGCUACCUACUUGGUCUCCCGGCUGUGGUGACUACUCAACGAUAUCGUGCUUCCUGGGACGAAGCGAUGUGUAUUAUGCUCGGCCGACUGGCAUUUCCAACUCGGUUCCACACCAUGAUCCAGACGUUUGGGUGUUCACGGGCUGCUUUGUGCGCAAUUCUUGACCAAUGA